AUGUAUAAAGGAGGCUUCAUCUAUGUUGUGAUUAUUUCCGGGGGCUGUGGCUCCUGUGGGGGCUGCAAGUCCAGCUGCUGUCAAUCCAGCUGCUGCAAGCUCUGCUGCUGCCAGGAUAGCUGCUGCAAGUCCAGCUGCUGCAAGCCCUGCUGCUGCCAGUCCAGCUGCUGCAAGCCCUGCUGCUGUCAGUCCAGUUGCUGCAAGCCCUGCUGCUGCCAGGACAGCUGCUGCCAGUCCAGCUGCUGCAAGCCCUGCUGCUGCCAGUCCAGCUGCUGCAAGCCCUGCUGCUGCCAGUCCAGCUGCUGCAAGCCCUGCUGCUGCCAGGACAGCUGCUGCAAGUCCAGCUGCUGCAAGCCCUGCUGCUGCCAGUCCAGCUGCUGCAAGCCCUGCUGCUCUUCAGGCUGUGGGUCCUCCUGCUGCCAGUCCAGCUGCUGUGUCCCCGUGUGCUGCCAGUGCAAGAUCUGA